AGCCCUGUACAUCAAAUGGACUCAUGGAGGACUCGAGCUUACCUGGAGCGCGUCAAAAGUCGCACGAUGAGCAAAGUUGAGACGUGACAGUCAGUCCACUGCCACUUCCAUCUGUUGGCCCUGGCGAACUUGAGCCUGUUAUAGCUACAACUGUAUUAUUAUCUCUUUAACACAUGGGCGAUGCGCAAAUUGGCCUGAAACAUUGGGAAGCUACUCGCCUCGCCUGGCAAACGAUCCCCGCUGCUGUGACACCAGAGAUACUAGCUGCUCGUCGUGCCAAAGGCAUGUUGUUUCCUGCUACACGCCAAGAUGGCUCUGGUGGUCCUCUAGAAGAACAAAUGUCUGAAGUAUAUGAAAAAGCAGUUGUCCAAGGUAAGCGGCUACGACGCAACAUCAAUCUCAGUUGCUUAAUGCCAUGUUUGAAAUAUGGAUGGAUCAAACAAGGCUUCUGGCCAAGCGAUGGACGAGAUCCAGAGACAACGUCCUGAUGAGGGCCUUAUGAGUGUUCAUGAGAAAGUGUCUGCGGACCAGCCUUCGUAUACUGCUUGCGACGGUUCAUCUUCUUCUCGCUCCGGGAAGCGCAUGAAGGCAGGCUGCCUUUCGAGGUAGGCAUCCACAGCAUCAAGUACUUCCUGCGUAAUGCCAAACCUUUGGCCUCCACGACACUGCGCUGUAUUGACAGACGUCAAACCCGUAAUACCUUGUUCUUCACGUUCCUGCUUGUUGGGUAAGCCAGCGAG